GGGUUUUGAAGCACUGAGGAACUGAAGGAAGAGUCAUACCAUGUCUACACUAAACACAGAAGGACAGUAGCAGGUCUUCAAGUUAAGGGAAAAGUGGGACCGCCUCUACAAUGAACACAGACCAACAAGGGCUUGCAGCCCUGUUGAAUUUUCUCUCCAAAACUGGACUGGAGGAAUUUUAUCCCAAUAAGCUCACUCUUCAAUCUCUUUUGGAGAUCAACAAAAACAGUGUAUAUGAAAAAGCUGUUUCAUCGUUGGAAGAUAUACCGUGGUGCUUUCUCAGAAAUCUUGUUAAAAUCAAUGCUGAAUGCAGAAAUUGUACACAAAUAUCAACCAAUCAUGAGGAAAACACUGAAGAUUGUGACUUUGACCUUUAUACUGCUGAUGACUCUGACAAUAAGGUCAAUGUACUUGACCUCAUCGUGGCACUCUUCCAUUGUGCUGACAGCUUCUUGCAACAAGAAAUGGCCCUCAAGAUGUCCAUGUGCCAAUUUUCUGUCCCACUGCUGUUGCCCUAUGGAAAUAAGAGUCAGUGCAGCCUGAUGCUUUGGGCUCUGAGAGAUGUUGUGAAAGAGUGGCGUCCACAUGAUCUGUCUGAAUCAAGAGGUUUUGUUGAAGACAACAUUGUCCAAACAAAUAUACCAUUCUAUUCAUUUGUGAGGCUGAGAAACUGCAGCUUAUCAAAGUCCCAGAUUUUGAAUCAGAUUCUUAGCCGUGGACAGCAGAACCACAAUAUCUUCAUACACAGAGAUAUGGAAGGAGGAACACUUCAGAGAGAAAUAGCCAAUGGAUUGGUAGAAGUUUGCUGGUACCUUCCCAGUGGGAGAGAAAAUUUCGACAUAUUUCCAGAGCCAGUCGCCUUCGCCAAUUUGCGAGGAGACGUUUGUGAGUCACUCGCACAAUUCAACUUUCUUUUCCAAGUGUCAACUGCUACCUUUGUGUUUCUAGACAAAAUUGAAGAAAAUGAGCAGGACGUUCUUGCCUCUCUACAAAAUGUGAAAUCAAAACUCGUCUUGGUAAUUAAUCGCAGAGAGAAGGGUGCCACAGAGGACAUGAUGUCUGUCAAGAAAGCAGUGGAAAAAUUAGACUUGCCAAAGAGUAGCGUAAAAACCAAAGACCCACGGGUAAAUGGAGCAGAGUUUUCAAAGAAACUUUGUACAGCCAUCAAGACAUCUCUCUUAGAAGUGAAAACUACAAUAAGCAUUGUAAAUAUGCUUGACAAAGCUUCUGAACUCGGUCUGUCUGUGGACGAAAGCAAAACUGACAAACAAAGGAAAACAGCUGAUGAGCUCAUAGAUGGCACUGGAGUCCGACAUGUCCCUCAGUACAAGACUCAGCAACUUCCUCUGCAAGGCGAUGACUGGAAAAGGUUAUCACAAUUAGAGAAGGAGGUGUGUAGAUUGAAGAAAUCUGGUGAGGAUUUUAAAUCUCAGCUUGAGGAAGAAAUAAAAGGAAUCAGGCAGAAACAAGGACGAUACAAACUGUCCAAAGCAAUGAAGACUUUCAUUGAGAAUUUAUCUACAAGAGACAAAGAAAAAAGAAAUGUAUUUCUUAAGUGGAUGAAAUUAAAGCUUGACACAUAUUCAAGGAACAAACUGUGUAGACUGCGCAACAAAUUCAAGGAGGAGUGCAAGAAAAAAGAAGUAAAACUCAUUGCAGAGUUAGAUCAAGCUUUGCUGGAGAGCUCUUUGGGAAUAGAGCAUUACAUGAGAGAGAUGGGACUGAUCUAUGGGGUUUACUUGCAGUCACAAGAAACUGUUGGUGAAAUGUCUCAUCUGCCAGGUUUGGCUGCUGAAAUGCUGUUGGAUGGAUAUCCUUUAGAGCUCUUGGACGGAGAUGCCUCUAAUAUCCCACAGAGAUGGGUCACAGAUGUGCUGAUGGAGCUCCAUAAGAAGGUUGGAGAGAGGAGCAGAUUGUUGGUACUGACUGUGUUGGGUGUUCAAAGUUCAGGGAAGUCAACACUCCUCAACACCAUGUUUGGUGUGCAGUUUCCUGUCAGCAGUGGCAGAUGCACAAGAGGAGCUUAUAUGGUCUUCCUUCCAGUUGGACAAGAUUUGAAACAAGAACUCAAUUAUGACUUUGUAGUUCUCAUUGACACAGAGGGUCUAAAAUCUCCUGAUCUGGCACAACUAGAUGACAGUUAUGAACAUGACAACCAGCUGGCAACUUUUGUCAUCGGCUUGAGUGAUGUCACCAUCAUCAACAUUGCAAUGGAGAAUGCAACUGAAAUGAAAGAUGUCUUGCAAAUCACAGCUCAUGCAUUCUUGAGAAUGAAGGAAAUUGGAAAAAGGCCAGUUUGUCAUUUUGUCCACCAGAAUGUUGCAGGAGUCUCAGCUGAUUCCAAGUGCAUGACAGAAAGACAACGUCUCUUGGACCAACUCAAUGAAAUGACUCAAAUUGCUGCUGAAAUGGAUAGACACCCUUCGAUAAAAGCAUUCACAGACGUGCUGGACUAUGACAUAGAAAAGAACAACUGGAACAUCCCAGGACUCUGGCAUGGAACCCCUCCGAUGGCACCAGUGAACACAGGUUACAGUCAAGCUGUGGCCGAUUUCAAGAAAAAUCUGUUGGAGUCAAUGAAAAGUGACAGAGGCAAUGAAAUUGCACAGAUCCCAGAGUUUCUAGAGUGGGUGAAAAGUCUCUGGAAGGCAGUGAAGUACGAGAACUUCAUCUUUAGUUUCAGAAAUGUUCUUGUGGUUCGUGCAUAUGACAACCUUUGCAAAGACUUCAAUCAAUGGGAAUGGGAGUUCAGAAAAGAGAUUCUCUCCUGGCAGACAGAAGCUGAGAUAGAAAUAAAAAAUGCUGACAAUGAAGCUGAAGAGGAAACUUGGAAUGGACUGGUUGCAUCAAAAAAAGUUGAAGUGUUCCAAAAAAUAACAGAUCAGCGAACACAAAUGAAGGAGAAACUUCAGCAAUACUACAAAAGGAAGGACAGACACAUAAAUCUGAUAGAAAAAUACAAAGCUGACUUUUAUAACAGUAUCAGUAGUCUUGCAAAUGAAAUUGAACAAUCUGUGACUACAAAACUGGACUGCAUCUUUGCCCUUAAAAUAACCACUAAGAAGGCUCAAGACAUACAGAGGAAAUGUAGAGGUGACAUUGAGGAGAAGGUCAUGAAGCUCUUGAGUGACUGUAAAAACUCCACACUGUCUGAUGAACAACUGGCAUGUGAGUUUGAAAAGAUGUGGGAUAAAGCCACUGCAGAGUUGCCAGUUUCUGGCCUGAAAGAGCAAGACAUUGCUGGAAAUGUCCUGAUGCAAUUGAGAAAAAACUUCUCAAACCUGAAUGUCAAUGAGGAAUUAAACAACACUGACUUAAAGGAAACUGGGAGGGGUCCAUUUAAAGUCAGUCGGGACCAUAUAGACUCGUGGCUUAAAACGUAUCUGUGGAAAGGAGCUUUGCAGAGCGUUACAGAUACUGUUAUUGAGUCUUGUACACAGUUUGUAUUUGAUAAAGUCAGGACAAAUGGAGAUUACCAUGACUCUUUCACAAGAGAUCUUCUAGAAAAAAUCGAUGAAUUCCUUAAAAACAGUUACAAGCAACACAAAACAAACACAAAGUAUGAGAUUGACCUCAAACUUCAUAUUUGUGGCAUUGCCACAAGGGAGUUCCUGAAAAUGCACAGAAAAUAUUUGUCCGAUAAUGAUCCCAAAACUCAGUUGGAGAAGUACAAGACUCAGUACUUGUCAGACUUCCUUGAUUUGUACAAACAGAGAGACGACUGUCAGCGCAAAGCAACAGAUUUUGUCACAUUUUGCAUCAAACCUGCUGUGGAAGACUACAUCAACAGAUCUCUGGGAAUUGACAUUGUGGAAGAAAUUUUGACAAGCAACCAUUCAGCACAGUUCAGCUCCCGUUCCUUCUUCCAGUACAACAUUCAACAAGAUUUACUGCAUCAGGAAGACUUUGACAAUUUUGUCAAGUACAGCAGUAACUAUGAAAAAUAUGUGAAGGACUGGAUAUAUCAGCACAUUCUGCACAAAAUGUCUGAAGACCAGAGUUUGUGCAAACUGAAGAACAAGAAUCUGCAGAUCAUAGUUAACAAAAUAGCAGAAGCAAUAGAACAAGCCUCAAAAGGAGAGAAUGGGGUUCUGCUGCCAGACAACACAGAGAGCAUCACAGAGCUCAUCAGCAACAUGCACAAAUAUCUGAUUAAAGACAUCUCAGUUUCAGUGGAGGAUGAGAAAGCCACCCUGUUUCAAAUCCAAAGUGCAUGCCAUCCCUUUAUUGAGUGCCUCAAGAACUCAAUAGAAGACUUAAGUGGACAGCUUCAGAAGGAAUUCAUAAACCCUAGUGAUGUCACUGAGAGUCUUGCCAAACUUCCAAUCAAACCACAGGAUGAGCUUUUUAAGCGAGUGUUUGGUUGCGGACAACAAUGUCCAUUUUGUGACGUUCCCUGUGAGGCUGGAGGCAAAGAACACAAGCAGCAUCACGCAGCUUUACAUCGACCACAAGGUCUGGGUAGAUUCCACAGUCAUGAAAGUCGCAAACUGGUUCAUGCACUGUGUACCACUGAUGUGCAGAGUGAAAAGACCUUCAGAAAUGAAGACACUAAAUCUCAAUGGCAUCCUUACAAAGAGUACACCACAUACUAUCCAGACUGGCACAUUCCCCCAGAUCCCACCAUAGAAGCAUCUGACUACUGGAAGUAUGUCCUGGUAAAGUAUAAUGACAGAUUUGCUGAAGAAUAUAAAGCAAAGCCAGCUGAUGUUCCAGAGGCCUGGAGGAGGAUCACAAAGGAACAAGCUCUGAAAGGUCUAAGAGAAGCGUUUAAUAUAAAGUAAAUUAAUUUGAACAAAUCUUUUCAAGCAAAACAGCAUUUAAACAUGCAAGAUUUUUACCCCACAAUUAUUCAGUUUAAAAGCUGGGAAUAUUUGUAUCUCAAACUUGAAAUUUUGUUGUCAUUUGUCUGAUGUAGAAAGUUGGUGUUUUGGGGGGCACAGCGGCAUACAUAAACACUAGUGAUACUGAUGAUUAUGAUGUUGACAUACAGGUCAUGUGAGACAAACUUUCCAAUAUGUCACUAUUUUAUUAUUGUUACUAUCAUUUUAUUUCUAACAUGUAUAUGCAACAGAUUUUAACUUGACUGUGUACUGAUAAAGGUCAGUCAAAAAGAAAUAUUUAUACUGAUGUAACAGACUUUGUUUCUCAUUCUCUCCUGUUUAUAUGUCAUCUAAAACUGGCAACAGCAAGGAAAACUGUGGCACUUUUUUUUUUUGUUUUUGUUUUUCAGACAAACUAUAAGGAAGUGGAAAACCCGGUAACUGUGUUUUUUGGGAGGAAUUUUUGCUCAGUGUUAAAUGAUUACAAUUUUAUUUCCUUUUUUCAAGUUAAUCCCCACACAGACCAUGUGAUUGAGACAUUUUCUAAUGUCUCUAUUUUUUACGUUUCUACAGUUUUAUUUCUAAUAUGGACAUGGAAAACAUUAUUAUGAUGUGCAUGUUUUAUUGCUCAUGAUUAUUAUGUGUUGUCUAAACAAGCCAACAGUAAGAAAAACUGCAGCAUCUGAAUUUUUCAGACAAUAACCGACGAGAAAGUGAAAAUCUGGUAAUUAUGUCAUUUUCUUUAUUUUUAUGGAUUUCUAUUUUUUACUGUUUUUCAAGUUGAUAUGCAUGUGCACAGGCCAUGUGAGAGACAUUUUGUCAUGUCUAUUUCUUCAGUGUUUUUUUGGGGGGGGUUGCAAAGAGUUUAAAACAGUAAGGAAUGUGUAUGUUGAUGUAACAGGCUUUGUUACUUAAGUUGAAUAAGGAUUGUCUCAACAAGCAAAAAUCAAGAUAUAUGUUGGCAUUUGAUUUAUGAUUUAUUAUUAACUAUGUAACUGCAAAAAAUUAAUGAUUACAAUUUCAUUUUUUAAAGUUGAUAUAGAUACACCGUCCAUUUGAGACUGACAUUUUCUGAUAUAUCAGUUUUUUUAAGUAUAUGUAAAAUAUUUUUCAGUUAUGAUGCAAAAGUCAGUAAAUAAGAAAUCUGUAUGUUGAUGGAACAAACUUUGCUCCAUGUGUUAUGUGUUGUUUAAACAAGCCAAAAGCAAGAUAAACUUUGGCAUCUGAUUUUUUUCCAGACAAUAACUAACAAGAAAGUGGAUAUCGGAUAAUUAUGUCAUUUUCUUUACUUUUAUGUAUUUAUCUCUUUUUGCCUUUCUUCAAGUUGAUAUGCAUGUGCACAUGUGAGAAAGACAUUUUCUAAUGUCACUAUUUCUUUUCCAUUCUUUUUUGUUCCGAGUUUUUUUUUUUUUUUUUUGUAUGCUGAUGUAACAGGCUUUGUUGCUUAUGUUGAAUAAGUAUUGUUUCAACAAGCCAAAAGCAAAAUAUAUGUUGGCAUUUGGCUUAUCAUUUAUUUACUACUUACUAUGUAACUUUAAAAAAAUUAAUCACGAUUUCGUUUUGUUUUCUUAAAGUUGACAUACAUAUAUACACUGUCUGGUAAAGGCUGACUAACCAUCUGUGAUUUUUUAAGUACAUGCAAAAUGUUUUGCAAUUAUGAUGUAUAUUUGACAAAAGUCAGUAAAUAAGAAAUGUGUAUGUUGAUGGAACAGAGUUUGCUAAAUGUGUUAUGUGUUGUCUAAACAAGCCAAAAGCAAGAAAAAUUUUGGCAUCGGAUUUUUUUGUUUUGACAACCGACUAACAAGUUCUGUUCUUGAUGUUUUUUCCUUUUUCAAGAUAUACAGUACAGCUGUGUGCAUAUCUUUUUGCAUUGACGCUAAAUGUACAAUAAUAAUGUGGAAAAAAAGAAUUCCAAUAAAUAGAAUUCCUUAGAAA